AUGACAACAAAGGAUUGGAUAACCAAGUUUAAAGAAAAUGUUUUGAUUCCAAGAUCCGUAAAUCUCGAUCAUCCUUCUUCACCUGGUUCGAGAGAUCCUACAGAAUGGGGAAUGCGUCGUAAAGAUCUAAUCCAAUACAUUGAAAAUUUACACUAUUUUGGGCAACUUUUUUAUGAUCUAGAAUUUAUGAACAAAUUAUUCGAAAGAUAUAAACUAGAUGAAGAUAUUAUUAAUGAUUUUUUUAAAUCUUUUGAACAUGACAUAGAAGGAAAUUAUACUGUAAGACAAAAGAAAAAUCAACGUUAUAAACAUUAUACGAAUAAUCUGUUUAAAGCAUUUAAAAAAAUUGAAAAUGAAGAUGAAAGAAAAGAGUUCUUUUUUAAUGCAAGAUUUCCAAUUUCAACUUUGUAUGACCAAGAUAUAGAAAUUAUUAUUGAUGAAUUUUUAAGAAACAAAAGCGAAAGGUAA